GCAUGUGCGCGGGCUGUAUAGCGCCCUACAGUGCGCGCUAAAACACCCGGGAAAGACCCCGUUUACAAGCACCAUUUCACCUGAAAACACUGCAUUCGACUGAGAUACCGUAUGGUGCAGCAGGAUGCCGAUCAUGUGGGGAAAUCUUUCGGUACAACAUCCAUCCCAGCAGUAGAGAAUCUUUUCGUGUGUUUCGUCAGAGAUGUCUAUAUUAAGUGACUCUGGCUUUGAGGAAGAUCUUCACACUUCUCCAGUGAAGCGGGGUUCAACAUCAGCCUGGCAUGAGUGCGAUUAUGAAGAGAGCUGCUUCAACAUCCAGAGACACAAUGAGCUGCAGUUUCUCGCGCAGAACUGCCUCGCGCGGCAACCUCAGAUUACUGCAGAGGCUCGCAGCAAACUGGUCAGCUGGCUCAUAGCUGUGCACAGACAGCUCAAGCUGUCUUUUGAAUCGUGCUGCUUGGCUGUUAAUAUCAUGGACCGUUUCUUGAUCACAACCUCAGUCGCUGCAGACUGCUUCCAGUUACUGGGAGUGACAUCUUUACUGAUCGCGACAAAACAGGUUGAAGUGUAUUCGCCUCGUAUCACACAACUUCUGUCGCUUUGCUGCAAUUCUUUUUCCAGAGAACAGCUGUGCAAUCUUGAAUGCCUGGUCCUUCUCAGACUCAAUUUUAGACUGGCUGCACCUACCCUUGCUUUCUUUCUGGACUAUUUCACCAGUCGCCUUACUGGAUUUCAGAGUGGUAGAGCCAUCGAUACGAUGGUCAGUACUCCGGAUACAAACGCAUGGAAGGAGCGCAGAGCUGCUGAGAUGAAGUGGAAAUGGCUGGCUUGCAAAGUCUGUGAACUGAGUCUGGCAGACUACACAUUCAACAAGUAUAUGCCUUCUGUGAUUGUGCAGUGUGCCGUGAAACUGGCAAAAGAUCUGCUGGAGACACAUUCAGUGCAGUCCACAGACAACGACGCUGGCUCAGUGAAGACAUCUGAGUCGUUCAGUUUUGAAGGGUAUCCACCACUGACCUGUGAAAAUCAGCUGUUGUUUCAGCAAUGCACAGACGAUCUGAAAUUGUUGGUUUCUCUUAAUCAAGACACAGUCCAGGACUUCAUAUGACUAUAAACCAUUAUUUCUGUCAAGGGUGGACUUGUAAUACUCAUGCAGUCAAGCAGUAUUCGUCCCAAAUAUUAUUUAUACAAAAGUAAGGUUUUAUUUUAAAUGUUUAUGUAGAAUCAAAGUUUUAGAAUUUCUGUUUCUAAGAACUCUAAAAUUAAAUUGCAAUUCAUGAAAAUAACCCCUGUUUUUUGAGUGUUUAAAAUGCAAUCUGAACGUAAGUAGUUGUAAUUCAUGAAUGCUUUGGUCUCCUUUU